CGGCAAGUAUCUUGGCGCCAGGGCCAGCCUUAGAUCUCAGUGUUGCUUUGAGUGGGUGCGUAAAGGGGGCCAGGGGUGGCGGCUAGAACGGGGCCAGGCCAGGGCGUGAUAAUGAUAGUCGUCAUCGCUUUGGGAAGGAAAGCUUCAACAAAUGUCCCACCCCGUCUCAUCCACUUCCAUUUUACCACCCUCAUAAGGGGCUCAUGCUUUUCUUCCCCCCUCCCCAACCAUUUUUGUUUUGAAACUCCUCUCCUACGAUGUCGACCCACAGCGGCAAGCGGCCGGCGAGCCGUAACUAUGACACCGGCUUUCCGGACGCGUUCGCCGAAUACACCACAUCCCUACGUCAUCCCGAGGCCAAUACCAACCCGGGAGCCUGCAUUUCGGCAGAGGAUGUCGACCCGUCGAGAACAUUACAACGGACCCGGCGGUCAUUCCUAGCCAAGAAGAAGAAGAAGUACUUGAGUCACGGCGUGAUCACUCAGCUUCCAAACCUGACAUCAUCCAACACCUCCAUAUCGGUUCUGCCUGGAUCCGACAGUGCGGUGGAUGUGGGGACCAUCAAGCGCACAGGCACGAGCGGGAGCAUCGGGCGCUCGUCCAAAGACGGCGCUGAGAGCCUCGGGCUAUCCAGCAACGGAGGUUCCUCGCCUUCCUCCCCCACCACUCCAGACGACGACGACCUCCACGGCGAGACACGAAGGGGUCCCAAAUUGUUCCGAAAAUGGCUAAGCCAGAAGGAUUAAAGAGAGUCAAAGGUUGAGACGGCCUCUCGGUGUAGGGGAGAGCCUCCGGACGCUAGCUCGAUCUAUACCAUACGGAAGCUCUGGCAUCCGAUAUCUGGAUUUUGGUCGGAGAUUUCCUUCACACUCCACACCUCCCUUUCUCUUGUUAGCGUGGAGUUGGCAAAAAAAAAAAAAAGCCAUUCUGUUAUUCGUCAGGCGUUAGAGAGGUUAUGGGCAAGCGAUAGGAGGCAGCAUUUAGGCGGGCAGGCAGACUACGGGUUUAUUUUGACGCUAUCUAUUUCGCGGCAUUUUUCUAAUACAUACUUAAUUGUGC